UACGAGUGUUAUCUGCAUUUAUGGCCACACCGCUGUGGUUGCCGUUUCCAGUAAUCCAACGUGUUCUUCAUUCAUCAACCUCCCAACAAAAAACCAAAACAGAAUCCUAAACGAAACUUCCCGGAAGCUUCACAUCAACCCUUCUUCAAUUGCAUUAUCACAAUAAAUAAUAAUAGUAAUUCAUCACCAACUUUGUGUUAUUAUUAAACUUUCCAUGAGUUUGAUGGAGAGUUACGACUUAGAGCGUGAAGAGAAGAUGAGAGAAUCAUUGCUACCAACGAGCGAUUGUAACGCGUCUCCUGUUCGGUUUAGGAGGUUGAAGAGUUUUCUAGCGAAUGUGAGAAUAGUUGUGUUUGAAACGAAGCUUUUCGUGCUGUUUCCUGCGAUUCCGAUGGCGUUUGUAGCUCAUUGCUACCGUUUUGGUAGACCGUGGAUAUUUGCUUUGAGCUUGAUUGGAUUGGCUCCGCUUGCGGAACGAUUGAGUUUUCUUACUGAACAAAUUGCAUACUUCACAGGGCCUACAGUGGGAGGACUAGUGAAUGCAACAUGUGGGAAUGCAACCGAGUUGAUAAUAGCAAUGUUUGCUCUCCAUAAGAGGAAAAUUCAUGUGCUCAAAUACUCGCUUUUGGGUUCAAUCAUCUCGAACCUCCUCCUUGUUCUCGGCUCCUCUUUGUUAUGCGGUGGCAUUGCGAACCUCAACAAGGAACAAAAAUUUGACCAUAAGCAGGCGGAUGCAAACACAUUGCUGCUGCUGCUUGGGUUGCUUUGCCAGAUCGCGCCAUUGCUGUUUAAUCUCCAUAGUAUGGGUUCACCAACAUCCGAUGGCACUUCGGUUCUGCAGUUGUCAAGGACAUGCUGCAUUGUGAUGCUGAUUGCAUAUGUUGCAUAUCUGUUCUUUCAGUUGAAAACCCAUGCUCAACCUUUUGGAUCGGAUGAGGACCAAGAUGAUGAUGAUGAAGAGCUUGAUAAGGAGACGGCAUCAAUAGGUGUCUGGAGCGCGUUUAUAUGGUUAUGCUUGAUGACAAUAAUCAUCUCGGUUUUGUCCGAGUAUGUUGUGGGCACAAUUGAGGAAGCAUCGAAAACUUGGGGACUAUCGGUUAGCUUUAUGAGCAUAAUUAUGCUACCAAUUGUUGGUAACGCAGCCGAGCACGCUGGAGCUGUUAUAUUCGCCUUCAAGAACAAAUUGGACAUAUCUCUUGGUGUUGCUUUGGGUUCAGCAUCUCAAAUCAUGAUGUUUGUGGUUCCUCUAUGUGUGGUAACUGCUUGGAUAAUGGGAAUACAAAUGACUCUUGAUUUUGGGCUUCUUGAAACUGGUUGUCUUGUCUUCUCAAUCUUCCUUACAGCCUUCACUUUACAGGAUGGAUCUUCACACUAUUUAAAAGGUGUAAUUCUUGUCCUUGCAUAUGUAGUGAUCGGUGCGUGCUUCUUCGUUCAACAUGUUCCAUUCGAUGAAUGACAGCUUAGGACCAGUACGAUUCACAGUUACUUGAUCGGGUUGUGGUUACUAGUAAGCGAAAAGGUUCGGAGUUUCAGAGAUCAUAUGGAAUCUCCAGUAACUUAUAGAGAUUUGACAAGACAAGAUUACCCAACUUCUAGGCACAUUUUUUGGUGUUUUAUGCAUUUAUCUUUGUUUCAUGGAUUGAGUAACUGAAAAAAUGGUAUUGGCUGUUCAUUUAAUCCA